AUGGCCCAGGGGUCUCGCUCCGGUGGCUUUCUGCCUCCGCUCGCCACCGUGCCGUCGUUUUGGUCACAACCAGAAGGCGCUGUGGAAGAGCAGUGGGAGAGAAGGCAGGAGGGCGCUCUCGGCGGGGACUUUCGUGGCUGGCCGCGGCUGCCGGUUGCCGGGAGCAUUCCCUGCCUGAACCCACGGCCCGGCGGAGCUCGGGGAGCGCAGCCGUGGUGGGCUGCGCCGGCGCCAGCAGACGCAGGAGAGCACCGCGAGGCGGGCGCUGCAGACUGGUGGCAGGAGCCGGCAGCCGGCCGCCCCAUUCCUCCCGCGCUGCAGCGUCUCCGGGCCGUGUUGCUGCGGCUGCAUCGUGAGCGGGAGCAGCUCCUUCAAGCCCGGGACUGCGCCUGCCACCUACAGACGGCCGUGCGCCUCCUGAGGAUCCUGAGUCCCAGCGCGACGGCCCUUGGCCCCGGCCCCUUGCCUCAGCUGUGCCGCGACCUGCUGCUGCCUUCCCGUGGGGCUGUCCUGCGAAGCGGCCUACGGGAGACUCCGGAGCCGCUACUCCUGGCGCGUCCCGUUGGACUGGCCGCUCAGCGCCUGGAUGCUGCCAUCGAGAUGCAGCUUCGGGCUCUGGGUCGGGAGCCUGCCAGCCCAGGCUUGUCGUCCCAACUUGCUGACGUGCUCUUGGCACUUCCCGCCUACCACCAGCUGAUGGGAAAAGCCUUGAGCCAAAUUCCGGGGGCAGCGCGCCCUUUCCCACCCCUCCGUGUGCUCCACCUCCUGACGGGGGAGCGGGGUUGCCAGGUGGCUGGUCAGCUAGAUGAGGCUCUCAGGGGGUCGGGCUUGCGGGACCACCUCCGAAGUCGGUGCCAGGAGGAGCGGGAGCUGCUGCCCGGGCUGCUGGGGCUGCUGGGGGGUGUGAGUGAUUCAGCCAGCAGUGGACUGGGGCUUGGAGGGGCUGGAGCCCUGUGGAGCCAGUACUGGACCCUGCUAUGGGCAGCUUGUGCUCAGAGUCUGCACCUAAGUCUAGGACCCUGGAGGGACCACAGGGCAGCCGCACAACAACUGAGUCAGGCACUGGGUCAGGCAUCCCUGCCUCAGGAGUGUGAGAAAGAGCUGGCUUCUUUGUGUCGCAACCUAUUUCAUCAGUCCCUUAUCUGGAAUUGGGACCAAGGCUUCUGCCAGGCCUUGGGAUCUGCUGGUGAAGAUCAGAGCAGCCGUCCCUCAUCCUCUCAUACCACUGAACUUUUGCAACAGCUUUUCCCUCCUCUCUUGGAUGCCCUUCAACAACCCAGGUCAGGGCUGCUCCUCUGUCAGCCUCCAGGGCUCUGUACCCUGCAGACCACCUUGCUCUGGUUUUUGGGUAGAACUCAGCAGCAUCUGGCAGCAUGGGCCCCAGAUUCUUUCCUGCUUCUGAUCCAGAAGGACUUACCUCCUCUAUUGCAUGAGGCGGCAGCUCUGUCUAGACUGGCCUCAGAAGAAAGUUUGUCCCUGGAGGUGGAGCAGCAGCUGGGCCUGGAGAUCCAGAAGCUAACUGCACAGAUCCAGCUCCUGCCUGAAGAGUCAUUAAGUCUCUUUUUUCAAGAAUGUCAUAAACAAGCCACACAGGGCUUCGAACUCUACAUGCCACGGGGCCGGUACUGGCGGCAUCGUCUCUCUCCUGAACUGCCCAGCAUUCCCAGUGAGUAUGCUGGGUUGGUGGUUCGCACUGUACUGGAGCCUGUGCUGCAAGGAUUGCAGGGAUUGCCGCCCCAAGCCCAGGCCCCUGCCCUUGGCCAAGCACUGACAGCCAUCCUGGGUGCCUGGCUUGACCACAUCCUCAGGCACGGGAUCCGGUUCAGCCUGCAGGGGGCGCUGCAGCUCAGACAAGACUUUGGAGUGGUCCGGCAGUUGCUGGAGGAGGAGCAGUGGGGCCUGUCGCCAGAACUUCGACAAUCUCUGCUCACACUCAACAUCUUCCAGAGGCUGGAUGGGGCCCUGCUGUGUCUAUUCCAGCAGCCCCUGCCCAAGCCUGAAGUCCACAGGAGGCCUCCCUGUUGCUGUAUAUGCAAUGAGGUCCAGACCAUGGAAUUGCCCAGCAGCAGCCUCAACAGCUUGGAGAACUUGGAGCCCCCUCUUCGGCCUGGAGCACCCCCAGCCCAGACAGCUCAGCUGCUAAGCACACUAUGGGGAGGGGGACCUAGCCCAGAGGCUUACCUGGUGGGAAAUCAGCAGGCCUGGCUUGCCCUGAGGCAGCACCAGCGCCCCCGUUGGCACUUGCCUUUUCUUUCAUGCCUGGGGACCAGUCCCGAAUCCUAA